GUCUACUGUCACUGGAUGAAAUCAGUCUGAAUGUUCUGAAGGAAGCUGGAAGCCCACAGCAGAAGAAAUAUGCUAAACGAAUCCUUCCCAUUGUAAAAAGGCAUCACCUUUUACUGGUAACGUUGGUGCUAGCAAACUCAGCAUGUGUGGAAGCCAUGCCAGUGUGUCUUGACAGGGUAUCUGGUCCCAUCACUGCAAUCUUAGUAUCCACUACAGCUGUGGUACUAUUUGGAGAAGUUUUCCCCCAGGCAUUAUGCACAAGAUUUGGCUUGGCAAUUGGGGCCUAUAUGAUGCCUCUAGUCUAUACCCUGAUGUUCCUGCUAUUCAUUGUGGCCUGGCCCAUAGCAAAGCUGCUGGAUCUGCUCUUAGGCAAGGAGCAUGGCACGUUUUAUCGCAGAGCGGAACUCGGGGUACUGGUUGACCUCCAUGCUGAUAAAGCUGGGGGUGGUGAGGAGGGAGGUGAGGAGAAACUUACCCUUGAUGAAGUACUUAUUAUUAAGGGGGCCCUGGAGAUGAGAGAUAAAACUGCCAAGGAUGCCAUGGUACCAUUGAAUGAUGUAUUCAUGCUAGACAUCAAUGAUAAGAUGGAUCUUUUGACUAUGAAUAAGAUUCUAACUGCCUCUCAUUCGAGAGUUCCGGUCUAUGAUGGGGACAAGAAAAACAUCAUUGGAGUUCUUCUAGUCAAGACACUAAUUACUCUGGAUCCUGAUGAUAAAGUUCCAAUACAAAGUUUGAAAAACACAAAGUCAUGGAGAGAUGUGCACUACAUAGAGGAAACCAAACCACUGUAUGAUUUACUCAAUGAAUACCAACUGGGAAAAGCACAUCUGUCAGUUGUCUUGGCUAAGCUUGAUGAGGAGGAAAUUGUUUCUGCCACUACCAAACAGACAUUAAACCCAAAAAUGUAG